AUUAGAUUAGAGGAGAAUAAUCCGUUGUUUGCAUUAUAUGCAGUUUCAUUCCCAGGGUAUAUGGUACAUUGCUACACAGAUUUUUGAUUGCUCUUAUGCUCAUCCUUGUGAAUUUGUCCAAUUAGACACCUAUAUAAGAAGGUAGACCUUAAUAUUCGUCAGUAGUUACUUGAGAACUUCGACAAACAUGUUGUUCAGGUUGACUGUGAUAUGCUAUGUGGUUCUCCGUGUUAGAGGAGGCUACUUGAGCCAGAUUCUCAGCAACGAGAAGAAGUUAGAAACGUCUUUCGCCACUGCUCACGUGCAAAAUACUCAUCAGAUUCCAUAUCAAACUGAAGGACACCACGGUGACUCUCAAAAUGGUGCAUCUCAGUAUGGCACAUCCUUUCCAGGAGGAAGUUCCUACGCCUAUCAGGAACAUCCUCAGGGUUCAAGAAAUGACUAUAAUAACGAUUACGAGCAGAGCUUCCAACAUUACCUAGAUAACUCUGGAAUUCACGAUAACCCGGAUUAUAGAUUCAAGUAUGGCGUUGAAGAUGAAAAAACUGGGGACAGAAAAACACAGUACGAAGUGAGAGAAAACGGCGUAGUUAAAGGUUCAUAUUCCCUCGUCGAACCAGAUGGUUCCAUUCGUACAGUGGAGUACGUGGCAGAUCCAAUUCACGGGUUCAGAGCUGUUGUUCAUAAAACAGGGGAGAAGCCAGUGUCUUACGGUGACUGAAGAUAGAACUUUCGGAUGCAAGUGUUUUGUAUAUAGAAGAUUUUUUAUUUUUAUACGAAUCGAUAAUAUUUUGAUAAAUAUUCAAUUUU